AUGCCAGCCUGCACAAUACUCCUCCUCUCCCUCAUACCCACAACCACCAUCCCGAACUUCCUCAAAGCCCUCUCCACCACUCCUCUCAAACCAAUCGUCAUCUCCCGCGUCAUCCGCUGGAUAAUCCUCCCCACCAAACUAUCAACCUCUGCUCUCCUAGCCCAAAACAUAUCCUGGACACUCCUCCUCAUCCUCCCCACCCCCUCCGCUUCCCUCCCCCCGUCCCUCCACUCCCAAAUAUCCCACACCUGGACCAUCCAAGCCGGCGUCCCCUCCCGCCUCCUCCAAGAUUUCCCCUCCAAAAACGCCACCCUCCUCCACCCGCCACCAUCCACCAUCCCUCCCCUAACCGACAGCCUCUCCUCCCCACUCUCCUCAUCCUCCGCCCAAGACCUAGAACUCUCCACCGAACUCCAGCACUGGAUAUCCAGCAACCCGCUAGGAGACUCCGCGGUCUCGAUGCUGAAUUUAUUGGCGUUUAAGGAGGGGAUGAAGGGGGAGUAUUUGAAGUAUGGGGCGGAGUUUGCGAGGUCGAUUGGGAGGAAGAGGGGUGGGGAUGCGAAGAUUGUUGGGAGUGUUAUUCACGGAGAUGGUAAAAAAGACAAGGAAGAAGAGGGAGAGCAAUGGGACGAGAUAGCACUAGCGCAUUAUCCCAGCCUAACGCAUUUCGCGGAUAUGCUUGCGAGUGAGGAUUUUCAGAGCGUGAAUAAGAGGUAUAGGGUCGGGAGUUUGCGGGAUACGGCGAUUUUGUGUGUAGGAGUCGGAGCCGGAGCCGAAUGGACUACUUCAUAUCCAAGGUUUCUUCUUAUACUCUAG